UCCAUCUUGCCUCUGUCGUCGUUACCGUCACGGUCUGCCUGCGCGCCCGUCGGUGUUGUUGUUUCGGUAAAUAAUGGCGGCAUCGGGAGGCGGAUUAUCAUCUCACGCUACCGCCGCCCGGGCUCGCUUCCCUGGCCGGCCCGGCUCGGCUCGCAGCAGGCUGCGGUCGGAGAAGCGCAUCAGACGGGGAAGGCUGAGCUGUGAUGACGGGGAGCUGUCCGCCGGAGGGCCGAGGCCCGUCAACAUCGGCCUCGCCUUGAGUGAGGACCCGUCGCUGCUGCGCCUGCUCGGGGUGACGGAGAAGCACAAGCGGCAGCGAGAUGCGGGCUUCGACUCCAGCAACAGCGAGGAGGAAGAAGAUUUCAACGGAUUUGGGACCACAACAGUUCGUCCACAGAAAUCUGUUACUCAGUCGUCGUUACUCAGCCAAGCGAAGCCUCCCCAAGCUUCAGAACAUUCGCGGGGAGAAAAACCUGUCAUUGGAAAAAUUAUUCCCAAGACCCCAAAACCAGCCAUAAUCGGGAAAAUUGUACCAAGGGUCCCUAAAGACGGCCAGGGUGUGAAAGAAAGCUUGGUAAUAGACAAAGAAAUACCCAGUGUGGUCUUUAAACUGCAUGGCAAGCAGGUGGCUGUCACUGCAAAUGCCUCAGGUAGACAGAGCAGCACAAGAUCAGCUGACUUUAUCAGGAGAGCAGGAGAAACAGCAGACUCAGGCAGCAUGCAAACCCAAACAGCCGCUACCUCAGCUAGGGGCACAAAGCAAGAUAAACUGGUGAGCGCUCUGACUGCGGUCAAGGGCAAAGAAAAAGCUUCCAAGAUCAAAGAGGAAGGUGAAGUGUCAGAGGACUCAGAGUCAGACCGAGCCGGGCUGCGGGGGUCCGCGAAACAAGUGAAGGGUUUUCGACUCGGGCAAACCAGACGCACAUCUCAAGCCGUCACGCUGUCGUUCACGUCAUUUCACAGACGGCAGAGGAAGAGGAUGGGGAAGGACAUGGGUGCGUCUCCCGAGGUCGGAGCUGAGGCCGGCGCACAGAGCGGACACGAAGCGGCAAUGCCCCUCGAGUGCAAAGCCACAGAAAGGUCACCAAAAAAACAUCAACGCAAAUCGUUGUUCGGGCACAGGCGAAAGCAACGGAAAACCGUUCCGCUCAUUAAAAGUCCAAAAAUUGGUCGUAAUCGCACAAGGCGUGUUUUUUACACGUACGUACCAGAAUCCAUUCCAGCCGCACAGACGCAGGAUGGGAACGAGCAGCAUCCGCACGCUGAGAAUAUCGCUCCAUCCGUAGGUAAGCCGAGUUCAAUAUCCGAACAAGUGCGGCAGAGCUCCAACAACUCCUCCGCUCCUGUAAUGAGCGCUCGGUCGUCUCGUGUCAUCAAAGCCCCGAAGAGGUUCCUGGAUGAGGAAAUGAUUCCCUUUCCAAAGGGUCCUCUGUCCACAUGGCUGAAGAGUCAACAGAGAGAGGACGAAAAACAGAGCGUGUCAUUUCAUGAGUCGGGUUACGACGGCAACUCGCUACAGUCGGACAGCGACUCUUUAUGUGGGGUCGACAGCCCGUCUUCUGUGAAGUUCUCAUCGCAGCCCAGUCCGGGCACGAGCCACGUAGAGAUCUACAAGAACCUCAAGAAGCUGACGUUGAAACUGGCAGAGAAAAAGAGAGGCCAGUUCGACACUCAGGGGGAUUACAUGCAUCAUGGCAGCAUUUUGACCUCUCAGGUCAGGAAGAGGCGGAGGUCAAAGCUCAUGAUGGAGGAGAUGGACUCCCCCGGCGUUGUGAGGAAACUAGCAGUGAUGGUGAACGCUGAUCUGCAAGCACCGUCGCCACUAGGAGAUACAGGCAACAAAACAGGAAGCAUGGCUGGGGAUGGUCGAGAGGUGUUGAUGGAAGUCAGCGGGCCCAGCCAUCGAAUUGGUCUCAGUGGAGCUAAUAAGAGGAUGCUUCACCUGCUGAAGAAAGCCAAAGUUCAGCUCAUCAAGAUUGAUCAGCAGAAACAGCUCAAGUUGUCACAGUUGGGCUCCAGAGAAUCAAAUGUGGCAGCAGGUGGAAGAAGAAGGAGGAGGAGGAGAGUCGGCAUACCUCCUAAAGAAUUGAACCCUCAGGAGCAGCCGGUGGGUGGUCCGAGGAUCAAACAUGUCUGUCGGGCAGCAGCAGUAGCGUUGGGGCAGCCUCGUGCCAUGGUGCCAGACGAUAUUCCUAGACUGAGUGCUCUGCCUCUUCACGAGCGAGAGGGCAUCACAUUCUCCCCGGCAGCAGAAGACAUCGCAGAUGAUGACGACGACGACGAUGACGCUGAUCAGGGCAGGGUUCAGUGGGUCGCCUCUCAGGAACACAUCCAGCGGAGGAGGAGGGGCAGGAGGAAGGGCCACCGGUUCAAAAAAAGGAACACACUGAGUCAAUAUGCACCCGGGGGUGUUCGGUCCCGGCGCUGUGGACGGUGCAAAGGCUGUUUGAUAGAGGAGGACUGCGCUAAGUGUGUCAACUGCCUGGAUAAGCCCAAGUUCGGGGGGCCAAACACCAAGAGACAGUGUUGCAUAUACAAGAAGUGCGAUCGUAUUGAAAAGGCAAAGAGCGAACGCGUCGUCAGACCGUUUAAAGUCCAGGCGAGGCGGUACUCUGCCUCCGUGUCCAGCGGCGAGAAUGCAGACUGGGGAGCGUCGGGCGACGGAUUGUCCUCCGUGACGACUGGAGUCAGGAAACAUUCCCUGCGCAACAUCACACCACGAUCCUACAGCAGCCUGCUGAAGUCUGAUUCCGAAGAUGAAGACGAGAGUGAAUCGGAAGAGGAGAAGCCUGAUAAGCUCACAGUCAAGCCAAAUGUAGCUGCACUUAGAAACCAAGAUCUUCCCCCUCAACAUGGUGGAUCGGUGCUGGACGACCCUCCCCCAGAGGCGGCGAAACAUCGACGGCUGUUCUCCAGAGGAGGCGGGAGCAGACCCAGAGCUUACAAGAAUCCUGCAGAGUGUGCGUCAGUUAACACGGGGUUAACUAAUGGAUUUCCCCAAAAGGGCCUGUUGCAGAACAAGCACAAGAUACGCGUGGAUUUCAAGGAGGACUGUGCUGUCCAGAAUGUAUGGCUGAUGGGCGGCCUCAGCGUCCUCACAUCUGUCCCCACCACACCACAACCCAUAUGUCUGCUCUGCGCCAGCAAAGGACGUCAUGAGAUGAUCUAUUGCCAGAUUUGCUGCGAGCCUUUCCACACUUUCUGCCUCUCACCUGAGGAGCGCCCCAAGGAGGAGAACAAGGAGAACUGGUGCUGCAGACGCUGCAAAUUCUGUCAUGUGUGCGGCCAUAGAAGCAAGAACACGAAGCCUGUGUUGCAGUGCAUGAGAUGCCAAACCGCCUACCAUCCCUCGUGUCUGGGACCAACAUACCCGAAGCCUAUGAACUGCAGCAUGCCCUGGGUGUGCAUGACAUGCAUUCGAUGCAAAAGCUGUGGUGUGACUCCUGGAAAGAGCUGGGACAUGGCCUGGAACCACGAGCAGGAUCUCUGUCCUGACUGUACUUCUCUCCACAAAAAAGGUAAUUUCUGCACCAUCUGCCACAAGUGCUACGACGACGGCAACCAACAAACGCAGAUGAUUCACUGUUCAGUGUGUCGCCACUGGGUUCAUUAUCAUUGUGAAGGACUUUCAGAUGAGCUCUUUGGGCUUCUGUCAAGUCAAUCAGAAGAAGUGGCGUUCACCUGCUCGCCCUGCAGCCAGCACCAGCCUCAACUCAGCAGCGUUACAGAGGAGAUGCAGAGCAGACUGAUGGAUGGUCUGGACGAGGUCCUCACUGACCUCCUGUCCUCCAGCAUCACCCAGCACCUUAUCAUCUGUAAAGUGUGUCAGGAAACAAACAAGACAGAACUUGUCAGAGAGCAGCACUCGGUGUGUGAUCUAAAAGCCAUGGACCAGAAGUUGAAAGGAGGCGGUUACACUUCAAUAAAAGCUUUUCAUGCAGAUGUCAUCUCUGUGAUGAAGAAGUGGCUGAAGGAGGAGGAUUUUCUCCCUGAGGAUGAGAGGCUGACCAGCCAGGCUAGGGAACACUAUGUUAAACUGAUGGAGCAGGUUUUCAGCUGGUUUCCGGUACACCGUCUAAAAAAGUGGAGCUCAUUUUCUGAGGAAUUUCCGAGUGGCAUGCUCCCUGAAGCUGUCCUUCCACCAUCUAAGGAGCACAGCUAUGCACAGUGGCUGAAAAGGACAUACCAGCACAAGGAAUCCAGGGGCCCACAGGCGGGGAAAACUGACUCUCUGCUAUCUCCAGUCACCACUCUCCAGUCUGGUGCAUCGCACAGUCUCCCUCUCCAUUCACAUGGUGUAAAAAGUGAUCUGGAAACCACCAAGACUGAAGAUGUGAGGCAGUGUGCACUCUGCCAACAAUAUGGAGACUCAGCUCCCAGUGAAGCAGGACGGCUGUUGUACUUGGGACAGAAUGAAUGGGCUCAUGUUAACUGCUGCCUCUGGUCUGCAGAGGUUUAUGAGGAGAAUAGUGCUCUUCUGCAGGUGCACAGUGCAGUCUCAAGGGGGCGCCACCUGCGUUGUGAUCGUUGUGCGCAGUCUGGAGCCACUGUGGGCUGCUGUCUGGCCACCUGCCAGAGUAAUUUCCACUUCAUGUGUGCUCGAGCCCAAAACUGCAUGUUCCAGCAGGACAGGAAGGUCUACUGCUACAAGCACAGGGACCUUGUUAGUGCAAAGAUGGUGUCUGGGAGAGGCUUUGAAGUCCCUCGGCGAGUGUACGUGGACUUCGAGGGGAUCAAUCUCAGGAAAAAGUUCCUCACAGGCCUUGAGCCAGAAUCCAUAAACAUGACCAUUGGCUCGCUGCAGAUUCAGAAACUUGGAGUGUUGUCAGAGCUCUCGUCAAAUGGGAGGAUGUUAUAUCCUGUCGGAUAUCAAUGUUCUCGUUUGUACUGGAGCACCGUGGACCCUCGCAGGCGCUGUAAGUACACCUGUAAGGUGACAGAAGCGAGCACGCCUCUCCCCGGUGAGGAACAAGAUCCAAGAUGGGACCAAGAGGAGAAUCACACCAUAGUCCACAGUCCCAGCCACUACAGAGAUGUGGAGUCCCCAGAGUGUAUAAGCGCCUCAUCCAGCCCAGUUAAAUCCACUACUCCAUCACCCAACUCUAAACAGCACAAUACAUCUGGAUGUAAAAGUCCUGGUGGCUAUGCACAGACCAGGAGACCAGCAGGAGGAUCAUCUCGACCUCUCCCAUCACCAGGGUCUGCCCUUCCCAAAUCACGUCACAUCCUGACAUUGAGAGACCUGGAUGACACCCGUCGGCCUCGCAGGCUGUCAUCAAGGAGCCGCCGCAGCUCCUCCCCGUCUGACAGUGACCCAUCUGCAUCCAUGACCCUCCGCUCUGGUGGAACCAUCCCCUCUAGAUGCGCUCUGUUCAGCUCCCCUCCAAGAUCAUCUAACAUAGGAGCAGCCUCGCCCCCUCUAUCACGGCAGAACUCAGCAUCACCAGUCUGGAGCUCCCCGCCUAGAUCUAACUCCAGCAUCUCUGCAGGGCUGUCACCUCGACAAGGAGCCAUCACUCACUCCCCCAAAGGGAGGCAAAACUUUAAAAUAACCACUCCGUUCUCUGCCGAGGUUCCCCAAGACUUCCUGGCAUCAUCCGAGGCAGAAGAUGCAGCAGUGGCUACGACCAAUGGGAUCUCAUUAGCGCCUGAUAACCUGGAGGAGGAAGUAGCCCACUUGAUGGCCCAGGAGCUGCCCUACACUGUGUUUGACACUGACACAGAGGUGGCAGUGGCCUCCAUGCUGAAUGCUAAGCUCGAUUUUGACGAGAGUUUACUCAAUGAGAAUGUGGUACUUCACUGCGGAGCACAGAGUGGGCGGGGGGAGGUCGAAGGUGUCGCGCAAGAUGUGGAAAUGCAGGAUGGUAAUCAGGAGAAAGACUCUGAAGGUGAAGACUCCAGCCAUUAUUUUAAAUUUUCACGGACAGUUGUGUGUGAGGCAGCUAGCAGUUCAGACACCUCAGGUCUGCCGUCAACACAGUCAAUAUCACAGUUAGAUGGGGCGGACGGCGGGUCAGAGAGCGACGAAAGCGAGGAGAUGGAUGAUGAAGCGCAAGACACAGAAAGCGAAGAGUCUGUAAUUCCCACCAACCAUCAUAAUACACCUACUAAACAGCUGACAGUUGCUCUAAAGAGGCUGGAGUCUAUUUACACCGUGUCAAAGUCAACAGUUGAACAAGAUACAACUGAGGCACAGUUUCAGGAAAAUUCAUCACCGUCUGCUGUUUUUGAAGCCUUUGACUCAAACAAUGACAUGUCACUUCAAGAAGAAGAAGUUCUGAUGAACUCUGAAAUGCCAACAUCUCAAAAUGAAGUGUUUUGGGGUUCAACUACAGAACAUUUAGUUCCUACUGAAGACAGCAAUGUAGUGAACCCAAAUAACAAAAAAGUUGAAGAUAAAGAUGAGAAUAGUUCAUCCACAGACUCAAUAGAAGGAUAUCAAGAUGACUUGAAUGACCCAGAUUACUCUCCAGAGCCUAAAACCAAAAAAUCUCCCACAGGACAGAUGAAAACCAUCAUUGUGAAGCAUAAACGUCCCGCAUCAAACCUCAAACCGUGUCUUCCACAGCAGCACAAACUCCAACUGUUGUUGCCACCACCAACGACAGAGGCUGUAAAUAAUGCAUCUGUUUCCUCUGCUGCUCCCACGUUCUGUGCAGUUUCACAAACAGUCACCUCCCCCAAUAUGAUCAAUGGUUUGAGCACUGUGCCUAUUCAACCCGGUGUCCCACGAGGUAAAACUAUCGCCAUCCGCUUGGACACCUCAAAGACGGGAGGACAGCAGCAGCAGCAGCAGCCGCAGGUGGUGGUUCAGAACCAGCCUGCAGCCACUAGCACGCCCGCUCCCCCAACUCCUGCUCAUCAGGUGUUGCUUGUCAACCGUCAAGGUCAGAUCCUGAUCAAAGACCCGGUAUCGAACACCUAUCAGUCACUCAGUGCAGAUUCACCAACCUACAAUAAAAUAAGCCAGAUUGCCAAGAUUCUCCACAGUGGGAACGCCUUGCAGCGCUCCGUCCCUCGUGUGAUCAUAAAGCCUCGCUCCGGCGACCCUGCCCCAAAUGCCCCAAACACCCCGACAGCCGAGAGAAAAAUCAUUGUCAGAGUGGUGCCUGUAAAACGCAGUGCCACUCCCGCCUCCUCAGCUCCCGUCGUCGUGCAGAGCGUUGCAGAAGGAAGUCUGUCCAACAUCGAAGAGACCACGGCUCAAGCUAUCAUCGACAGAGCGAUGGCUAGCCACCGCGACGCGGCCAGGACCAAACCCAACAUCCUCAGUAGCACUCAGUCAAAGGGCAAAAAUCGAAGCCCGUCCCUACUUCAGGACACGGAGCACCCAGAUCAGUCGACACCUACGAGCUCAGAGUCUCCCAGCGGUGUCCUCAAUGUCCCGGUCGACAACGUGGAACUGACGUCCACUUCGUCACGCUCGCAGGUGCGCGUCAAGAGAGUGUCGUCAGUCUCUGAAAGGCCUUCCAGGAAGAAAUCCAAGGUGGAUUUCUUGAAGGAUCCCUCAAGUGAGCUGGAUGAAGUUACUGAUUCCAGAUUGAGUGGUGUGAGAAUAAAAGCUCCAACAAUGUCGGACGUUCUUGAUCUCGACCAGGAGAAAAUAUCUGAGCCUCAGGUGCAGAGGAUUACCGCUCCACCCCCUCCUGACCACUCCAGGUAUUCUCAGCUUGAGAGUCCAUCCUCAUGUGCACAGCCCAAUAGUCACAUUCAAGGUAAAACACACAUGUGGGUCAGCGCUCGCCAUGGAGACCUCUCCGAAUGGGGCCCAUUUUCAGGUUUUAGCUCGGACGACGAUAUGCCGGCACCUAGACACAAAAAGAGGACAUACAUGAACCAGCCUCACCUGCGCUUUGAAAUCACCAGCGACGAUGGCUUCAGUGUCAAAGCUAACAGUAUAGAGGUUGCUUGGCGCGCAGUGAUUGAAGGUGUCCUCGAAGCUCGGGCAGGCUUCCAUCUGAAGCAGCUGCCUCUGGGUGGGAUGAGGGGCCCGAGGGUGCUAGGUGUCGUCCACGACGCUGUCAUUUUCCUGCUUGAGCAGCUGCAGGGUGCUGCGAACUGCAAGCACCACCGCUUCCGCUUCCACCGCUGUGAUGACAUUGAAGAAGAACUUCCCCUUAACCCGAGCGGCUGCGCUCGUUCUGAAGUCUAUUCCAGGAAAGCGACUUUUGACAUGUUCAACUUCCUGGCAUCACAGCACAGAGAUCUCCCAGACAUAGUAGGCCCCUUUGAUGAAGAGGAGGAUGAAUUCCCACUGAAAUCUUCCAGGCGAGCCACAAGCAGCGAGCUCCCCAUGGCGAUGAGAUUCAGACACCUGGAGAAAACUUCAAAAGAAGCAGUAGGCGUUUACAGAUCUCAAAUUCACGGGCGAGGCCUUUUCUGCAAAAGGAACAUAGAGGCUGGAGAAAUGGUGAUCGAGUACGCCGGUACCGUCAUUCGUGCCGUCCUGACUGAUAAGCGGGAGAAAUAUUAUGACAGCAAAGGCAUCGGCUGCUACAUGUUCCGUAUCGACGACUUCGACGUGGUGGACGCGACCAUGCAAGGCAACGCGGCCCGCUUCAUCAACCACUGCUGCGAGCCCAACUGCUACUCUCGCGUCAUCAACGUGGACGGCCGCAAGCACAUUGUCAUCUUCGCCCUGAGGAAGAUCUACCGCGGCGAGGAGCUGACCUACGACUACAAGUUCCCCAUUGAGGACGAGAAGAGCAAGCUGCUCUGCAACUGCGGGACGAGACGCUGCCGUCGUUUCCUCAACUAAUGAAUAAUUUGCGUGCACACACCAGCACCGAGAGCCAUCCUGUUCCACGCACUUGAAUUCAGGAGAUAAAAUGAAAUUAUUAUAAAGGCGACUGUUGUGACGCAGCCAUAAGAGUGAGGUUGCUGAUGCUUACAGACCUGAUCUACUGAAACUUUAUCUGAAUCUUAAUUUAUUGACUGGUCGAAGGCAGUGUGCAUUUCUUUUCAUUUCUGUCCUCUGAACUGCUGUUAACACUCCCAGAAACCAGAUUAGAGCCAUAAAUCAAAUCUCGGGAUGAAGACUAUUUAUGUUACUGCAGACUGCUGGAUUGUUACUCUGUUACAAAAUGCAGUUUAAUUAACAAAACUGCACCUUUUCUUUUUUUCUUUUGGGAUUUGUGUACCGUUUUAACAUCUCGUAUACUACACGCUUUUGGUUUUGGUUUUAAAGCCUCUGCUGGAACUGAGUCUACCAAACAAUUACCAGCUCCAAAUGGUGCAAACUAAAAUAGGCAGAUUGCAGUAAUUACUCAUUAUGCCGGUGACGGAGUGUCUUUGUAAAUACAAGGUCACAGUGAAGGAUGAGGAGAAUUUGUUCAGCACCUUACUAGGACACAACCUCCUUUGUAUGCAGCAGACAAGGCAUUUUUUUUUAUAUUGGCACAAAUUAAACAUGUUUCACUCAAGACGCCUCUUUGUAGUGCAGCUACAUUUUAACGCCACUCUGGAUACCACAAGUUUUGUGAGCAGGGAUUCUGAUUUUUUUUUUCCUGUUCUUACUUUUAUAAAGGUGCUGGUGACAUCUACCCUAAGAGGAGGUUUUAAUAUAGUCACCCCCCCCACCCCCCAACAUUCAGUCAGUUACCCGUUUUUAUUUUUAAAUGCUGCGAUCCAAACACUUUUAUCCGGCAAUUAGUCUGUUCUUUGUUAAUUUGUGUAUAUUUGUGUAUUUUAAGGUUUAUAAGGGAGAGUUCCUUAUUGCAGAGUUCACAGUGAACAUGGUGACCAUGCUCUGUCCCUUAUGAGUCUCUUUUUGCAUUUUUGUAUAUUUGAACAAUAAAUGUAUAUUCAAUAAGCUGAUGGGAAUAAAUGUGUGUUUUGAGCUUUUAACUUUCUUUUUGUAAGUGAAGGCUGAGUAACAAGAACCGAAGCUAUUGCAGAGAAAUGAUUAAGUUACAUUUUUCUUGCAGUUGUUUUGCACCCUCUUCUUUCUCCUGUUGUUUUUUUGUCUCACAGGUGUACUACCUCAAAGGCAUUAUGAAGCAAGAUUUAAUUUAAUUACACAACACAUUCGCUGAAAAGCUGUUUUCUCAUUUCUUAGUUGUUCAAUCAUUUAAGAAAUGCAAAUCAUUACAUCUUCAUGCUUUUCUAAACAAAUAACAUCAGUACUCUGAUAUGAUAUUAUGCCUGCUAUUAUUUUGUCAGAAUAGGUAGCCACUGUUUAUUUUUGUUGUGCUCACCUGCUCCUCCUGUGACACCCUGCUAAUGGAUGUAGAUAUGAUCCUAGUGUAAGUAAAGGUUUGGCUUGGUCUCAACACAAGUCCUGAAUGCUGUGGAUGUAUGUUUUGGGUUUUUUCUUUUCUUUGUAGGAUUAAUUAUUGAAUCUGACAUGCGAAAGCUUUGUUACUUUAUCGGCUCACAAUGGAUCUGUGCCUGUAUAUAGUUGUAUAAAGAAUUUCUAAACCUGUUAAAUAUUUUUUUACCUACAUUUUUUUUUUAAUUUAUGUUCAAUAAAAA